CUAGGUACUCGGUAUGCAAUGGCUUUCAUGCACAGCUGACAGAAAACACCUUUGUUGGUGGCGCCUUGCAAGGUUUUGGCAAAAAAGGAGCACUUCGUGAGGUUGGUAGUUUGCAUUGCACGGGUGCUCCCAUUGAUUGGUGCGUAUUUGCCCGUCUACAAAGAAGGGUUUGACCCGCCUUGAAGUAGUGUGAUGGCGCCCUCUGCAGAUGAAUGGAAGGCCAAGGGCAAUGCAGCAUUCUCUGCAGGGCGGUAUCAGGAGGGGAUUGAUGCAUUCUCAGAAGCAAUUAAACUCGCUCCCACCAAUCAUGUGCUAUACAGCAACCGGUCCGCGUGUUAUGCCAGCCUGAAAGAUUAUGACGCAGCACUUGCGGAUGCCAACAAGACGGUGGAAUUGAAGGGUGAUUGGCCAAAGGGGUACAGCCGGCAAGGCAGUGCAUACAUGGGACUGCAGAAGUACGAUGAAGCGAUCAAAGCGUUCGAGAAUGGCCUCAAAGUGGACCCCAACAACGAGGUUCUAAAAGAAGGCCUCGAGGAUGCACGGGAUCAGAAGGAUCAAGCCGAAGGGAAGGGCGGCAUGUCCGGGCUCUUCUCCACCCCGGAAGCGCUCAUGAAGCUCCACAGCGACCCCCGCACGCGCGCCUUCAUGUCGCAGCCAGACUUCCUGCAGAAGCUGGCCGCGAUCCAGAAAAAUCCAGCGCUUUUCAACGUGUAUCUGCAACAGGACAAGCGCAUUGCUACUGCGCUGAGCGUUGUGCUUGGAGUCGACCUCCAGAUGGCGAGCGACGACGAUCUGGGACAGUCUGAACCGAGCCCCUCGAGGCGCCCCGAGUCGAAACCGGAGCGGAAAGCUGAGGAGAAGAAAGCGGAACCGGAGCCGGAACCGGAACCAGAGGACGAGGACGCACGGGAAAAGAAGCGGCGGAAAGCGGAGGCUGUGAAAGCGAAGGAAGAGGGGAACGUGGCGUAUAAGAAAAAGGACUUUGACGCGGCGAUCGAGCAGUACACGAAAGCGAUGGAACUAGACGAAGAUGAUAUCGCGUACAGGACGAACCGCGCGGCGGUGUAUCUAGAGAUGGGCAAGUAUGACGACGCCAUCAAAGACUGCGAUGCGGCGGUGGAAAAGGGGCGGGAGCUUCGGGCGGACUACAAGUCGAUAGCAAAGGCGCUCACACGAAAGGGCACGGCGUAUGUCAAGAUGGCAAAGACGGCGAAAGAUUACGACCCCGCAAUCGAGGCCUUCCAGAAGGCGCUGACGGAACACCGGAACCCGGACACGCUCAAGAAGCUGAACGAUGCGGAGAAGGCCCAAAAGCAGAAGCAGCAGGAGGAGUACUUCAACCCGGAACUAGCUGAGGAGGAACGAGAAAAGGGUAACGACGCGUUCAAGAAGAUGGACUAUCCCGAGGCCAUCCGGCACUACACGGAAGCGCUGAAACGGAACCCGAACGACCACCGAAUCUACAGCAACCGCGCGGCGUGCUACACGAAGCUGGGCGCGAUGCCGGAGGGCCUCAAGGACGCGGAGAAGACGAUCGAGCUCGCGCCCGACUUCGUGCGCGGCUACGAGCGCAAGGGCAGCGUGCAGUUCUUCAUGAAGAAGUAUGAGGACGCGCUCGAGACGUACCAGCAGGGCCUCAAGAUCGACCCCAACAACCAGGAGCUCCAAGAUGGCAUCCGCAGGUGUAUCCAGCAGCAGCGGCGGGCAGCCACGGGGCAGCUCAGCGAAGAGGAGCUCAAGGAGCGGCAGGCGCGGGCGUCGCAAGACCCCGAGAUUGCCGGCAUCCUCCGGGACCCGAUCAUGCAAAACGUUCUGCGAGAAAUGUCAGAGAAUCCAAGGGCGGCAGCAGACCACCAAAAGAAUCCCAUAGUAUGGAACAAGGUCAUGAAGCUGAUCCAGGCGGGCAUUGUUCAAGUUCAGUAGGACAGGACAUGGUGAACCAGCGAGUGUAGAAAGGAGAUAGUCAGCUUUUAUCCACGUCAAUGUGAGCAGAUCCAGAUGGCCAGCUUUGACUGACAAAGAUCCAACAAAGCGCCUACUGGUCUGUGGAAAACCAGGACGCACUCGGACAUCCUUGCGCUUGGUACAGAUUGUGAGGACUGUGCAGCAGCGACCCUGGUCGACUGCAGAACAAUAUGUAGGGUAGCUGGCCGUUUGGAAAGAUACUCUACAGUGUCCAGCAUUCAGUGUCUCAGUGAUGUGUGCAAGCUCUUCAGUGUGCCAGGAUGCCAAAUGCUAGAGAAUGCAAGAAGUGCAGAACGGAAUAUUGAUGCAUUCAAGUCCAACCACAAACCCUUAAAGCUGAAGAAAAGUUGCUCUGCGCAGGAGAGCUAGUUUGAACACACCGUUUAAGCAAGCCUGUGCUUGGGCCAUGUGCUGGAGUGCCU